UGUCAACUUCAUCUUCUGUUCUCUCUUUUUCACACCACCGUCCUCUACAUAUUCGAAUACACGACGUCUGUGUAGAAGACUUACUGUGGUCUAUCCUUCUCUCAGAAUACACCUGUCUACUCGUCUCUUGCAUUAGAACAUUGGCUAGCAUCAACAUAUCGAACCUGCGAUACCGUACAUCUGCAUAGACCUGUGCUUCUAGCGUCGAUUGUAUAUUCGAUUUACUUGACCUUGCGACUGCGACUUUCACCCAUUGCGCCAAUCCUUUGUCCAUCAAUAGGAGAAUCCAAAAUGAGCGGCUUUAUCAACCCAUUUAAGCGCCAUGACAGGACGGAAUUUCACGGCGUUAUAAUCCCUCUCUCACAAGCAACUCGCUUCCACCACCUAAACACCGUGACCUCCGACUCGGAAACCCCCGCCCAUAAACCGGACAAUGAUGAAGACAAAGACAAGGACAAACUUGCUCGUGUCGGAUCCGAAGAAAAUGGCGCUGCUUCCAACCCGGAGUAUAGCCACCAGACCAUUGAAGCCAUUCGCGCCGAGGUCGAGGCCGAAGUAUCUACUUCGGGCCAUGAUACCACUUAUGACCGAAAGGCUAAAGUGAUCAAUUUGGCCAUACAAGACAUUGGAAUGGGUCGCUAUCAAUGGCAGCUAUUCAUUCUAUGUGGGUUUGGUUGGUUUGCAGACAAUCUUUGGCUUCAGGGUAUUGCGAUGACCCUAAACCCAGUUGCUCAAGAGUUCGGCAUCUCAGCGACUCAUGUACGCUUCACGACAGCUGCUCUGUUCAUCGGCCUAUGCAUUGGCGCAUCCUUCUGGGGAAUCGCUUCUGACGUCGUCGGACGUCGUCUUGCUUUCAAUAUGACUCUUUUGAUCUGCGGUAUCUUUGGUAUUUGCAUCGCAGCAAGUCCUACUUGGAUUGGUGUCUGUGGCCUGGCUGCCGCUAUGGGUCUCGGUGUGGGCGGAAAUCUACCUGUUGAUGGCGCAUUGUUUCUCGAGUUUCUGCCUUUUGCGUCGGGUAAUCUGCUCACUUUGCUGAGUAUUUGGUGGCCUGUCGGACAGUUAGUGGGAAGUCUCAUUGCUUGGGGCUUCAUCCCCAAUUAUAGUUGCGACAGUGAAUUGCCAGCUUGUUCCGCUGUUGCUGCAGGAGAAGCCUGCUGUCGUAAACAAGACAACAUGGGCUGGCGAUACCUGUGUAUCACCUUGGGAGCCAUAACGUUGGCCAUGUUUGCUUGCCGCUUCUUCUUGUUCCAUCUUUACGAAUCUCCAAAGUUCCUCCUUUCUCGCGGCCGCCAGGAGGAGGCCGUCAGGACUGUCCAUGCCAUUGCCUAUAAGAACAAGGCCCAGACAUGGCUCACGGUCGACAUUCUUAACGAGAUUGGAGGCCACCCCAGCGACGGUGGGAACGCCAAACUCACUCGUAUCGAUAUUAUCAAACGGUCACUGUCGAAAUUCUCCGGCGAGCGUCUGGGACCUCUGUUCCACACCAAGAGACUAGGCUUCACGACUGUGAUCCUUUGGUUUUGUUGGGCUACCAUUGGAAUGGGUUACCCUCUCUUCAACGCCUUUUUACCACAAUACCUCGCUCACGCAGGAUCCGACACCGUCACACCCGUCAACAUCACAUACCGCAACUACGCCAUUACCUCUAUCGUGGGAGUUCCUGGCUCAAUCCUCGGCUGCUACACCGUCAACAUCAAAUACAUCGGCCGCAAGGGCACAAUGGCGAUUUCCACUCUAAUCACGGGCAUCAUCCUCUUCUGCUUCACCGUCUCAAACGACUCCGACAUCCAACUCGUCUGCAGCUCCCUAGAAUCCUUCUUCCAAAACAUCAUGUAUGGCGUCCUGUACGCUUACACACCAGAAGUCUUCCCAGCACCAAACCGUGGAUCCGGAACGGGUAUCGCCAGUUUUUUUAACAGAUUGUGUGGAGUUAUGGCUCCUAUUGUGGCGAUUUAUGGCGCAAAGAAUAAUGCGAGUGCGCCUGUUUAUGCUUCUGGAGGUUUGAUCCUGGCUGCAUUUUGUGCGAUGGUAUUUUUGCCGAUUGAGACCAGGGGGAAGCAGACUUUGUAAAUCUGCUGGAGGUUGGUGAGCAACCAAGAUGGUGUGCAAACUUGUACCUAGGCUCUAAUAGGGUUGCUGUAUACCAAUACCCAGAUUCUAGGUAGAACUGCACAUUGGAAUAUUAUUA